AUGUCAAGUGCCAAGAUUUGCUUCGAAUGGCGCGAGAAGAGAUGCAAAAGAGGGUCUAAAUGCAAAUAUGCGCAUCAAGAAAACCUAGUAGAGGCAUGCAGAGUUUAUCAACGAUCAGGAAACUGUCGCUUCGGCAUAAAAUGCUCCCGCGGUCACUUCACUAGCGAAUCUGGCAAUCAGGCUUCACAAGGUAGACCAUCGAGCAGCUCAGCAGUUGCUUCAUCCAGGGCUUUCGUCACUCCUAAUGUAGCAACCACUGCAACCACUGCAGAUGCUCCUGCAUCCAGGCCAGUCAACCCUUUAGAAAGUUGGAGGAAAAUUUGCAGGAUCCGAAGCCCAUACUCAUCGGUACAAAUGAAAACCUUCCUUGAAGGAGCCCUGCAAAUCAUAACAACCAAAGAUGUCGAAAACGUCCAGGAAGUGAUAAAAGAAUUUGCGGAUGAAAAGAACCUAGAGCACAUCCGCCAGCUCCUGGAUGCAAAUUUGGCAUAUGAUGGAACCACCGGGCAACUUAAUUUUAUCGCCCAUGUUAUUCCAUUUCUCAAGAUCAUUACCAACACUGAAUUUCAAAACUCAAUCGUCGUCGAAAGAUACGCCGGUACUAUCUACAACGUUAUGUACGGCGUCUCUGGCACCCGUAGCAUCAAAUUCUUCCCUAGGAUACUAUCACGCUUGAAGACUUUGAUGUCCCAUGACCCUGAUGAGUACCUAAAGGUUUUUUCAAUGAUUGCGUCAGCUCUCAGACACACCAUCCAUCUGAACCAAGCAAAUGCGAUCCUGCAAGAUGGAAUGAAAGCAAUCGUAAGGGAAGCUUUAUCACAAGCUAAUGAGCAGAAGCUGCUAGAAAACCCUGAAAUGAGGGCGCUUCACCAACAUUUCAAAAUAUUAAACGAGCAACUAGAGCUUGGAGAGCAAAUUCCCUCUUUAAUCCCCACUCAACCCGCAUCAAGUAGCUUAGGAGAAGGAGCUGUGCAUCCAAGCCAGAAACUUCACCCUGCAAUACAGAAUACGAUACGACUACCAGGAGAUCUUUCGGACAAAGGGCCCAGGCACGAUAAUGAUCAUGCUUCGAUUGCAAACAUCCUUAUCCUACCUACUGCUGAAGAGAUUAGAUCUGAUGUGCCUGAAUAUCUUCCCCAACUUGGAGGGGAGGGGCUCCGCUUGGACCGAAACAAGAAACUUCUUGACACUCAAUUCCGGCUGCUUCGGGAGGAUAGUAUAGGGUAUCUUCGCGAAUCUCUUCGCCAAAUCAUAGAGAACCGUGCAAACUUAGAUGUUCUUCGAGGAUCCAGAAGGCGAAAGCUCGAUGGAGUAAAAAGAUUCUUCACUGCAGGAACCGCCGUACUAAUUCACCAAAAUGUCAGAGUGGAAAAUGUUUUCUUUAGCGCCAAUCAAGGGCUGAAGGUAGGUAUCACAUUCGACCAACCAAUGGUGAAUUCGACUCCCCGUGAACGACGGGAGUGGUGGGCGCACGAAGAUGUCCUUGCCUUUAAUUCCCUUGUCUGUGUCCUUAAUGAUGCAAAUGAAGCAGUCUUCUUUACUGUCGCUGAUAGAUAUGUGACGGAGAGAGAUAUCCGAGAGCAAGACCGGGAGACUAUGACGCAAGGGCCUGACCAAAGCUUAUCAACUCUAGCAGGGCAUCCUGCUCGCGCCGGGAUUAUUCUAAGCUUUGCGAAUGCCGUCAGGGAAGACGAUAUCAAAUGGCUAUUCAAAUUGAGAUACUUCCAAGAUUCUUCCAAAGUCAGCCUUAUUGAAUUUCCAAAAACCUUGUUAGCAGCGUUUCGGCCUAUCCUACAAGGUUUGCAAAACCGUAUAAGUAAUACCCAGGCAAUUCCCUUCAUCGAUUGGCUCGCACCUGAUCCGUCCCUCGAUUUCCAACAAUCUGUCGAAGAUAACUCUCAAGUUGAUGUUCGGCCGCCACCAUAUGCUUCGCGUCCUGGGUUUUUCUUCGAUUUACAAUCAAUCUUUACUACACCACCAAAAGAUCCAGUCCCCCUUUACCCAACAGAACAUAACUUUGACACACAAAAGUUACUCGAGAAUACUACCCUAGAUGACGGACAGGCACGAUCGCUUGUGAAAGCCCUCUCCCGCGAAGUCGGCCUGAUCCAAGGACCCCCAGGAACUGGCAAAAGCUUUGUUGGAACCAAGAUUGUCAAAGUUCUACUCGCCAACAAAAAGAAAGCUGACUUGGGCCCCAUAGUUUGCGUCUGCUAUACAAACCAUGCUCUGGACCAAUUCCUCGAACAUCUUCUGACUAUUGGUAUCAACAACAUUGUCCGUUUGGGUUCGAGGUCAAAAUCCGAAAAGCUUGAUGAUUACCUUCUCAGGAAACUCGUAAUGUCAACUGGCAAUACUCGGGUUGAAGGAAAAGAAAUGUAUGACCUUAGGAAUGCGACUAAGAUACAAGCAUCUGAAGCUACUGAGUACUGUAGAACUCUCGACUCCCUAGACUCAGAAUAUACGCUUCGCUCUCACAUCAACGAGAACUAUCCCGUCUUUUUCAAAGCACUGUUUACAAAAAAUCAAGACAUUGAGGGGUUUGAGGUCAAACGUGGAAAACGGAAGCCCUUCGCGGCUUGGAGGAAGAAGGCUACAUCUGGAAAAAUCAAUAGACCUGUCGAAUCUUUUAUAAACAGCAAUAUAGACCCAUGGUCCUUGAGUCGCCACGAGAUCUUCGCGGUGCUCAAAUUCUGGAAAGACGAAAUCCUUAGCAACUCAAUAUCUGGUCUUGCAGAUGUGACGAAGCAGCACCGCAUCAAGAGUGAAACUCUAUCGACACUCAGGAAAGAAAGAGAUAGACGACUUCUACAAGCAGCGGAUAUUAUCGGUGUGACAACUUCUAGUUUGGCUGGUCACGCUGACAUGCUAGAAAGAAUUCAUGCCAAAGUUUUAUUCUGUGAAGAAGCUGGAGAAAUUCUGGAGGCGCAUACAAUCACUGCCCUUAUCCCAUCAAUUGAACACAUGAUCUUAAUUGGCGACCACGAGCAACUAAGGCCCCACGUUGCAAACUACGACCUCUCCGUGGAAAGCAGAAAAGGCCAAGCAUACCGUUUAGACGUAUCGCUCUUCGAAAAACUUGUCCAACAAUCCUAUGGAAAUAGGGGCCUCAAAUUUCCUAUAGCUAGUCUCAAUACCCAACGUCGAAUGCAUCCCACGAUCGCAGACUUAAUCAGACUGAAAACUUAUCCCAAUCUUCUAGAUGCUGUCCCAGAUUAUCCACCGAUCCCUGGCAUGAAGAAGCGGCUAUUCUGGAUGACCCAUGAGCACCCAGACUCGAAAGGUGAUGCCAUAAAAGCGACGACCUCUUAUACAAAUGACUUUGAACAGGACAUCGUUAUUUCAUUAGUGACGCAUCUUUUACACCAGGGCGUCUUUAAGGAACAUCAGAUAGCAGUCUUAACCCCCUACCUUGGACAAAUGUCUAAACUCAGGAGAUCGCUAGGGAAUAUCAUGAAUAUUAUCGUUGGAAGUCGGGACCAAGAGGCUCUGGAUGAAUCCGAAGAAUUCCUUGAUGACGAAGAGGACCAGAAGCCAACAGAUCCAACACUUCAAACUGUGAUCAGGAAAGCAAGUCUUGCUACGGCCGUCAGAAUUGCAACCAUUGAUAAUUUUCAAGGUGAAGAGGCAGAUGUAGUAAUUAUUUCCCUUGUUCGGAGUAACAAUGAGCGCCAGUGUGGCUUCUUAAAGACCAGCAACCGUAUUAACGUUCUUCUGAGUCGCGCCAAAUGGGGAAUGUACAUCAUCGGCGACGCCAAUACAGCCGGAUCAGUACCAAUGUGGCAAAACGUCAUAAGCCAAAUGAAUCUUAACAACUGUCUCGGCGAUGCUUUUGAAUUAGAAUGCGACCGUCACAAGGAGACUUCGAUCCGCGCGGCCUCGAAAGAAGACUUCAUCACAUACGCUCCAGAAGGUGGAUGCAAUCUUAAAUGCGAAUCGCGACUUGAAUGUGGCCAUGCUUGCCCUUCAAAAUGCCAUUCGACUGCCCUCCACAAACUUGCGCCAUGUUCUCAACCUUGCCCGAAACAACUUAUAGGCUGCGACCACCCUUGCAUUUCAAAAUGCAGUCAGCCCUGUCCACCAUGCCGCCAUCCUUAUCGAGAUGUUCCUUUAAAGUGCGGUCAUACAGUUACAAUUAUGCCAUGCUUUGAGUACCAAAAGGCAGCCGAAUCCUACUACUGCACAGCAAAAGUUCAGAAGAUCGUCCCGGGGUGCAAUCACACGGUCACAGUCGAUUGCGGACGUGAUGUCAACUCACCCAACUACCGGUGCCCUGCUGUCUGUAAAAACCUUCUUGGGUGUGGGCAUCGCUGUCAAAACCAAUGCCGGAAUUGCAGAAAACCAUCUACCAAAACGCCAGGAGAUUUCACCAUCCUCCACGGCGACUGCCAGCAAAUUUGCAAUCGUCCUUUUAACACUUGUUCGCAUUCAUGUCAGAAAGCGUGUCACGAUGGUGAAGCUUGCGAUUCGUGCCAAAUAGAGUGCGAGAUCCGUUGUACGCAUUCUAAGUGUAGUAAGAAGUGCAAGGAACCUUGUCGACCGUGUGCGGAACAAUGCACACUUGGUUGUGCGCAUCAGAAAUGUUUGAUGCCGUGUGGUGUUUCAUGCAACAUCCUGCCUUGCGAUGAACUCUGCCCCAAACUUCUCGAGUGCGGUCAUCAGUGCCCUUCAAUCUGCGGAGAGAAGUGCCCGGACAAGAAGUUCUGCCGGGAGUGUGGGUCCGAUGAGGUCCUAGAUUUUCAAGUAGACAUGUUGAUGCUCGGGACUUAUCGAGACUCCAAGGACGAACCAAUAAUUUUUCUCCCAUGCAACCAUUACUAUACCGUCAGUACCCUUGACGGAACCGCAAACAUGAAAGAUUUUUUCGCAUUCGACGAUACGGAAGAUUGGAAGAUCGUAGGCAGAUACUUGCAGGAAAAGUCAGCGCCGAAGCUUCUCACAUGUCCAAAUUGUCGGGCUCCAUUUACGACAUCCGUCCGAUACAACGAGGUUGUGAAGAAAUACCAACUGCAAAACUGUAUCAGACAGUUUACACUCGCCUCGCACAAUCGACUGAUGGAAAUAAUAACACAAAUAAGCUCAUUCCAGGAUAACUUAGAGAAAUCAAGGGAAGCAUUUAAACCGAAAGAUAUGAAGCAAAUCGACGCACGCUACAAGGCAUGUUCGACACUAUCGAAAGUGAUCAAACGAUACAACUCCGAGGUCUUAGAAAAAGAACAACCGUACCACCGCGUCUAUGAGCUUACAGUAUCAGCGUGUCGCAAAUACGGUAUUACAGCGGAUGAAUAUAAUCCUUCAGUAGUACAAUAUAGAUUCGGCAUUGAAGGGGCGUACCAAGAAUUGCGAGUAAUCCUUUCGAAGAUUUGCGAUAUGGAUAUCAUCGCCAGUAGGACGACGACACCAGCUUCGAUGAAGAAGGCGCUUUGGAAACUUAUAGCCGCCAAUACCAGCUCCACGGUUCUCAACUGCGAUAAAUUGGUCCAGAUAUGUAAAGAACGAAAACACCAACUAAUUGAAGUCCAAGCUCGCAUUGCGUUAGCAAAGUUUGUGACUUUACAUAUCAAGCAUAGAGACGAAAUGGAAAAGGAGGAAGACAAAAUAUCCGACACAGCUGCUGCAGAUAUCAAAGAAGAUAUCGUAAAGGACUUGGCAGAAUGUUUAGAAAUCUGUGAUACUGUUGCCACAUGUAAAGGGCUCAAAUCCGAAGUUGAAGAGACGAUAAAGUCUGUCCGAGGUGGUAUUUUUUAUUCCAAUGUUACAAACAAAGAGAUGAAGCAAAUUUAUGACGCAAUGACCCGUGAGUUUGGAGGAACUGGGCAUUGGUACGUCUGCCCUAAUGGACACCAGUUCACUGUUGGAGAAUGUGGCCAACCCAUGCGAAUCGGAAAUUGCAAUGAAUGCGGAGUCCGGAUAGGUGGAGAACAUCACAUUUCGGUCGAAGGAGUUACUCGGGACGCGGGCCUUGAUGUCAGAAUGCAGAAUUUAAAUUUGUAG